GGCAACAGUGUGUGCGUGUGAAUCCGUGUGUGUCCCGUUUUGCAUCUGUAUCUGUAUCUGUAUCUGGAUCAGAUCCUAUCCGUGGCUUAAGCCGUGCACCGCAUCGCAUCGCUUUGCACCUGAGAUUCUGCCCAGCAUCAAGAGAUCUUCCAAGUCUACCCCGCCCCAAGUGCACUGGCUGGCAUUUCCUGCGCACAGCACACAUUCUUCCUGCCCCGCUUCGGGGGAGCCAAAUCUCUUCCGCAGUUAACCAACACUGACAAGCAUAUCCAACAAGCAUUAGCCAACACUUGUCGACUUAAGGCGCUACUCUGGCGCUUCAGGCACAACAAAUGAUCGGCACUGAGGAUAUGUCCGCAUCGGCUGGCAUGGAUAUAAGCGAAUCCUUUCGUGCCGAGGAUCUCUCCAAGGCGGACUUCUUCGACUUUGUCACUGGCCCCGACAUGGGCAUCGGCAUUGGUGUGGGCGUCGACUCCUUGGGCGUCAGCCUGCACCAGCAGCAGCACCAUCAGCAGCAGCCCCACCAGCAGCAGCACCACCACAGUCAGCACAACAGUCACACCGCCAGCCACGUUCAAGUGGUGCACCAGCCAACCAUCUCCAUCUCCACCCAAUCACCACAGCAGGCCCUCUGCGGCGGUGGUGCGAGAACCAACAGCAGCAUGAUCCACGAUGGUGGGGGAGGCGGCGGUGGAGGGGGAGGAGGAGGAGGAGGAGGUGGCGGUGGCAUCGUGAUACCCGUGGGCAAUCGAAAUGGUAGCAGCAAUGGAGGAGAUCCCACGUUACAGGGCUAUGAGUUCUGGAACCAGGACAAGGACAGCAGUCGCCUCGAUUCUACCUCCAUAUUCGAGGACCUCGAUCGUUACUGCUGGCAACAGCAGCCGGUCACUGCCAACACUGGUAAUGGUGGUGCCACAGCCACAGCCACCAACCAGCCCAGUCCCACGUCUCCUCAGUCGCACCACCACCAGCAGCAGCAGCAGCAGCAUUCGCAUGCCCACCAACAGCAGCAGCAGCCCAAUCCCAGCAGUUCCUCGGCAGCCUCCAGUGGGGCGGGCAGCAGCAGCGACACCAUCAGCAGCCUGGACACCACCGACGGACAGAUCUACACCCUGACAGUAUUAAACGGCGGCGAGCCCUGGCUGAAGCGCUCUGAGGCAGAGCAGCUGCCGAGCUCCCUCGAUCUGGACAGUCUUCUGGGCAGCUUUCCGGGGUACAUCAAGUCGGAGUAUCCGUACGACGACAGCGGCUUCAGCACGGACGGCAAGGAUGUGAUCGUGAACGGGGCAGAUGCCAAUGGUCUCAGCAGUAUUUCCCAGGGCCCCACACAGACGCUGCCCUCGCUCGUUACGGCCAUUUCCAUCGCGGGGGGCAAUGACUUGGGCCAGCAGUUGGCCCAGUUCCAGAACAACAACAACGACUGGCAUAUGGCCGAUCACAAUGCCGAGACGGAGCAGAGCACGGCGGAGUCACUGCUACGUAGCGCGCUCCAGGGUAAGGGGUACUCCAAGGGUCUGCAUAUGCAGAACGGCCUAGCCAUGCCCGUCGUCAAGGAGGAGGAUAUGCGGCGCCUGCUCUUCACGGACGAUGCUGCCGAUGCACUGGGCUUUGCCGACUCCACGCUAAAUGCCGCCCAAAUGUUUGACGAGGCUCAGGGCAUGGCUGGUGUCCAUCUCACAUCCCAGCAGCAGCAGCAGCAGCAGCAGGUGCAACAGCAACAGCAGCAGCACAACGGCAAUGCCAAUAUCAUUGUGGACGAUAUGUUCCUGUCGUUGGAGAACGCCUUCAGCGAUGACUUUGAGAAGAUCAAGCGCAUCGCCAACGAGGUGCAGCAGUUCUGCACCGGAGGCUCUUCGACGCCCACGCCUGGCACAGACUACAGCAGUGCCACCGAUGUCCUCAUGCAAAUCUCCCCGAAUCCGACGGCAAUCACGACGGCCAAUCAGCUCCAGCCGCCGCAGCCACUAAAGCCGGAAGUGAGCACAUCAACACCGCCCACGGGCGGAGCAGGCUCGUCCGCCAACCAUCCUGGCAGAUCUGGCAGUGGCAUCUCAAAGCCCAAGAAGCAGUACAAACGGAGCAGCAGCAGCAGCACUACCAGCAGCAGCAACAACAACAACAAUCCCAAUGUGGCUAACAACAACAACAACAACAACAGCAGCAGCGGCAGCGGCGGAGGAGGAGCACUGGGCGUGGUCAUGGGCAGCAGUGCGGGAAGUGGCAGCUCAUCAUCCAGCGGCAGUGCGAGCAGCAGCAGCAACAGUCCGCCUGCCAACUCCAGUGGCUCCUCCUCCUCGGCCAGUGGCGGUGGUGGUCAGCGGAAAGAGCGCUCCCUGCACUAUUGCUCUAUCUGCUCGAAGGGAUUCAAGGACAAGUACUCGGUGAAUGUCCACAUCCGCACCCACACGGGCGAGAAGCCCUUCGCCUGCUCCCUGUGCGGCAAGAGCUUCCGGCAGAAGGCACACCUGGCUAAGCACUACCAGACGCACAUGACCCAAAAGAACAAUGGAAGCCUGAUCAAGGGCAGCUCCUCCAAGCACCAGAGAUCCAGUGGCGGAUCAUCUGCGGCAGCCGCAGCCGCAGCGGCAGCGGCCGCAGCAGCAGCAUCCAUCAAUCAGCAGCGGCAGAUGACUCCGUCACUGCCUGGGAUGAUCAGCAAUCCGAACACUCCGCCUGGCAUCCUGCCCCCAGCCAAUGGCCUGCUCACGAAUCGGUAGUACGACGGCAGAAGUCCCCGCAAACGAAACUAUUUCUUGUUCCUUACUCACAAAACACACACACACACACACACACACAACGACAAAAGCUAAAUGAAAACUAUAUAUACAUAUAUGCUACUCGAAUACAUACUCCUGGAGGGAUAUGGGGAUAUCCCAUACUCCACUCCGUCUCGAAUUUACGUCAUUGAAGAAUUCCUAUAUUCAGCUUUCUGUGCAAUUCCUAUAUACCUACUCGAACUCGAACAUAUACCAACCAACACUCGAAGCACUUCCAAAUAAAAUACUCAACUUAAUGUACAUUUUAAUGCUUAAAGACACAACCACAAAUUAAAUUUAAA